GACAUUUAUGUUCUGACAUUACGUUAGCUAAUUGUGAACUAUUAUCAGAAGAGAAGAAGAAGCGUUUUUGUGCUGUGAAAUAAAGGAGUGGAUUGGUCUAUUAAAGAAUUUAAUUUAUUUAAUAAAUAGCCAAUAUGUCUGAUAACGAGGAUGAUUUCAUGUGCGAAGAUGAUGAGGAUUAUGGAUUGGAGUAUUCGGAAGAUAGCAACUCAGAGCCUGAUGUGGAUUUAGAAAAUCAAUAUUACAAUAGCAAAGCUUUGAAGGAAGAGAAUCCAAAUGGCGCGUUGGCUUCAUUUCAAAAGGUGCUUGAUCUUGAAGGCGGUGAAAAGGGCGAGUGGGGAUUUAAGGCGCUUAAACAGAUGAUUAAAAUUAAUUUCAAAUUGAAUAAUUACAAUGAAAUGAUGGAGAGAUAUAAAUUGCUAUUAACUUAUAUUAAAAGUGCUGUAACGCGUAAUCACUCGGAAAAAUCUAUUAAUUCCAUUUUGGAUUAUAUAUCCACAUCUAAAAAUAUGGAGAUUUUGCAAAAGUUCUAUGAAACAACUUUAGAUGCAUUGAAGGAUGCCAAAAAUGACCGUCUCUGGUUUAAAACUAAUACAAAAUUAGGCAAACUCUACUUUGAUCUUGGUGAUUUUAUCAAAUUGCAAAAAAUUCUCAAACAAUUACAUCAAUCUUGUCAAACGGACGACGGUGAGGAUGAUUUGAAGAAAGGCACACAACUACUUGAGAUAUACGCAUUGGAAAUACAAAUGUACACAGUGCAAAAGAAUAAUAAAAAGCUGAAAGCAUUAUAUGAACAAUCAUUACAUAUUAAAUCCGCCAUACCGCAUCCACUUAUUAUGGGUGUAAUACGUGAGUGCGGCGGAAAAAUGCAUUUGAGAGAAGGAGAGUUUGAGAAAGCGCACACCGACUUUUUUGAGGCGUUCAAGAAUUAUGAUGAAUCAGGCUCGCCACGGCGCACAACUUGUUUGAAAUACCUAGUUUUGGCUAAUAUGUUAAUGAAAUCCGGCAUAAAUCCAUUUGAUUCACAAGAAGCCAAACCCUAUAAACAAGAUCCUGAGAUUGUGGCUAUGACAAAAUUAGUUAUAUCCUAUCAAAAUAACGAUAUUACCGAGUUUGAAUCUAUAUUAAAAACUAAUCACAAAAGCAUUAUGGAUGAUCAAUUUAUACGCGAACACAUUGAAGAUCUACUGCGGAAUAUACGUACACAGGUGCUAAUUAAAUUGAUAAGGCCAUACAAAAAUAUUGGCAUACCAUUUAUAGCGACCAAACUGAAAAUAGAAGCGGCUGAAGUUGAAAGUCUGUUAGUUUCGUGCAUAUUAGAUAACACAAUUCAAGGACGCAUCGACCAAAUGAAUCAAGUGCUGCAACUCGAUAAGGAAAAUAGCAAUGCAGCACGUUACAAUGCCGUUGAUGGCUGGGCGAACCAAAUCUCUUCGCUGCACCAGGCUGUGGUAAACCGAAUGGCAUAAACAAUACUUUAGAUUUGUGUUAUGCGGGUUCAAAACAUGUUUGCUAUAAUAAAGAUUUACAAUAUAAACUAAUUGUUUUAACAACUAUUAAAUAAAGCAAUGGCUAGCUUUGUACGCAAUUCCUACAAUUUCUACAGCCGAUGGAGCACUACGAAAUAUUAUAUUAAAAAUAAAAAAAAAAAUUGGAUACUACUUUUUUUUCUAAA